AUGAAGUGGGUGGCCAAGAAGACCGAGGGCGAAGACGAGCCCUGCCAAUGGCCAGCCCCCCAAACAGCUGCGCGCUUUGAGGGCAAGGACAGAAAGGAGGCCAAGGGAGCCUCGAAAUGGACAGCCAAGACGGAGGAGGAGCCGAAGGGCAAGGGCGAUCGAAAGGGCGAGGGGAAGCGGAAGGGAGGCAAGUCUGCCAGAGCUGAGGAGGAGGACUGGAGUUGGACGUGGACGGCCGACAGCUACUCGGACUGGUGGAGCUGGAACGACUGGGGUUGGGACACGAAGCCCAGCAAGGGAGAGGCCAAGGAGGGCAAGGGCAAGGAGAAGGGCAAGUCUAAGGACUCUGGGAAGAAGGGCAAAGGAGACUUCAAAGAUAAAGACGACGGACUGCACGUGCCUUUAUCGCAUUGCCCUGGGAAUCGGGAACCGCUCAUUCAAUCGGGAACUCACAUGCAUAUUCUGUUCACCCUUGAUCACAUGAGCCCGGCGCUCCUGUGCUGCGCUCCUGCGGCACCUUCUUUCUUCACGACGGUCGGCGACUUUCUCUCCACGGUUGUGCUUUGGCUGCUUCUGAUCACCAAGGGCAUCGCAGUGCCCAGCGGCCAUACCUACUUUGUGGACGAGCCGGGUUACGACCAGGGAAAGUUGUACGAGUUUUUUGUGAAUUCGUUUUACCCGUUUUCUGCGAUCAAGGGUGUUGACUUCGAGAAGAACCUCAACCACGAGCACUACGACUACGGCUUCCUCCGGAACUACCGGAACGGAAGCACCUUUCUUCUGGCCUCCGGGGCCCCUUCUUCUCCGUCCUCAAAAGGACUACUUUCUCCUCUUCUUCGUCGUUGCGACCACUUCCUCCGGCACUACCUCGACUUUCUUCAGCUGAUCUACGGCAUCUACGCACAAGCAGGCGAGAUGGCCUCCACAAGUUCGGUGCCCCACACGGGGGUGUCUCUCCAUGAGAUCAGGAAAGACAUACCACCUGGUUGGGCGCCAGGACUUCCGGACUACCCUUUGAAGCUUUUCUUCGAUCGGCUGAAGUUGUGGUACCAGGUGUACGACGGGGAUGACACAAUGGUCGGCCCGCUAGUUGCGGGACGAUUGCAGGGGAAAGCGCAGCGCUUGGGGCUCACAUUACGUUUGCCCCGUCCAGAUGGAACUGUGGACGUUGGAGGUGUGGCACUUAGUCGGCUCGCAGUGGACGAAGUGCGUGACCCUGCGAAUCCCAAUGUGAUACUCCAAGCCCACAUUCCCUCUGGGAUACAAGCGCUUUGCAACGCCUUGAAGGACGCGUUUGGGAUCUCGGACCAGGAGAUGGUGUCGAAGUCUCUGGAAGAAUUCUUCGAGUUUCGCCGUGGCAAGCUCUCUUUCCAGGAGUAUGCCAUUGAGUGGGACUAUAAGCUGGAGGAGGCCACCACGCGUGCAGGACUCGUGGUGAAUGAGGUGGCGAAGUUCUACCUGUUCUUUCGAGGAGCAAACCUUCCGGCCAAGUUUGUCGAGGAUAUCAAGAUGCAGUUGCAGGGUGACAUGAGGUUGUUCCAGGAUGCCCGGACGCUUGCUUUGAGGAUCAUCAGUCGGAAAGAAGAAGCCGGUCAAGACAUCCUGUACGAGGAGGAUCCUGAAGACCAUGACGGCUUCUAUGACUGGUACGAAGAAGACGGCGAGCUACAAUGGGACGAGCCCUGGGACACCGAGGCCUGGUACGAAACGGAUUGGCACUGGAUCGGCGAGUAUGACUACGAGAACCACUCUGCCGAGUACGAGGGUGCCAACCAAUGGUACGAGGAGCCGGGUGACUCUGCGCCGGCUGAUGCUGGCGACCAUCCUGACUACCAUGGUGAAGAGGCAACCUCUCCUUCGUCUGGUGCAGCCACGACUCAGGAGAGCUACCCGAUGAAAGGAAAGGGUAAAGGAAAAGGCCCAGGCUGCUCAGUAUGUGGCUCGAAAUGGCACAGUGCCGCUUCUUGUCCAGUCGGCGGCGGUGGCCACGAAGGCGGCAAAGGAAAGGGCCAUUACGGCCCAUCUUCGAAGGGCCGUGGCAAAGGCUACGGCGGUGGCUACGGCAGUGGCUACGGUGGUGGCUACAGCGGCGGCUACGGCAAGGGCAAGAAGGGCAAGAGCAAGGGCAAGAGCAAAGGAAAGUGGAUGCCAAGGUUCAAGGGCUAUGGCGGCUAUGGUGGCAACAAGGGCAACAAGGGCUACUAUGGCUACAGCGAGAAAACGUUGAACCAAGCCUUUGGUGACAGCAAGGCUGCUCAGCAGGCCACACCGCCUCGCAAGGUAGUUCACUUUAACCUUGGCGAGUCCGGCGGCCCGGUGAUCAACCUGAACCGUGCUCCUACCUCCUCCGGAAUGACUGAGGAGACACAAGACGCUGCUCCUGAUGAUUACGGCAGCAAGGCUGAGAAACGCUUAGCCUUCAGUUUCGCCAGCUCAAUCUACAGCACUGAGGCAUACCACACGGUUCAAGGUGAGAAACGCCGGGGCUUGUUGGUCGAUCCGGGCGCGGCUUCGGGACUUGUUGGUUCCGAAACACUGAGAGAUCUGCUCGAAGCCUGUGACAGCGGCCCGGUGCGAUGGGACAGACAGAAGACCAACAAUGUCAGUGGAAUCUCGGGGAAUUCCGAAUCUACCCUCGGAGAAAUUGAGAUUCCCCUCAUGCUCGACGGGGCCCGUGGAAGCUACAAGGCAGACGUCCUCGGCGGUGACGGGUCCCUCUGUCCUGCUCUUCUUUCAAAUCCUGCGUUACGAAGACAGAAGGCAGCGAUACUCUCCGAUUGGUUCAGCAAUGGCGACGGUGUCCUGGUGAUCCAGACCGAGGAGCGAGAGUGUCACUACCUGCGGCUACUUCUCACUGAUUCAGGCCACUACCUGCUGCCAGUCGAUGGGACACAGGACGUAACCAAUAAGACAAAAGGGCAAGUUCAUGCUCAACUUCACUGUUGGACACAGGAGAUCGCAAACCGAUGGCCCGAUGUGCGUGCCAACGUGAAACACUGCUUCUACGAGUCGGCGAUCUCCUCCCAGGAACGUGAGCGGUGUCGAGACAACAGCAAGAACAUCACAGAGGACGAGAUAACCUCGAGUUCACCAACAGCUACCACAUCUGGGUCCGUUCGUGAGGCACAUGAAAUAGACGACAGCAAGAACAUCACAGAGGACGAGAUAACGUCGAGUUCACCAACAGCUACCACAUCUGGGUCCCACGAUAAGCCGUUUCUUUCAGGUCCAGCACAUCAGGUUCAUGCCAAGGAGGACUAUUGGGAGCACCAUGACAACACCUUGGUUCGUGUGCAUCGUGUUCCACGACGAGUGCUCUUCACACCUGACUGUGCGCUGGACUGUCCAGUCGAACCAGAGUUGCUGCUUGGUCAACGGAAGACACACAUACAAGCACUUCCCAAGAAGACCGGCAUGAAGUACCUAAAUGAUGACUGGCAUGUGUCUUCUGCGCCGAACAAGGACCUAGCAUAUCUCUGGACUGGCAAAGCCGUCUUCCAAGUACGAGCACCUGAACCGGAUCCAGCGAUGACGAAACCUACAGCUAUGCAGUUUCCCACGACAACAACGACCUCGACUGCGCCACUGGAUGCCGAGCACUUCCCAGUGUACACCGGCGACACCUUUCCAGAACACUGGGAUGAUUCUCGACGCUCUCGGGCGACUCAGUACUACAAGGCCAUUCCGGAAGAGUUCUACACCAAGUCCGGACGAAGGCCGGUGACACCGUGGAAUGCUAAGGCCUGGCUGCAGAAAGUUCGAUCCACUGAGCAGCCGCUGCGGCUCCAGUUCUGGGAAAUGUGCAGCGGCUCGGGGCGUCUCAGCCUCAUCUGCCUACUGGCAGGCCUCACUGUGGGUUUUCCGAUUGACCACAGGUACGGCUGGGACCUCGGGCAUCCACCUCACCAAUCGCUACUGCAAGAGUGCCACAACACCUUCUGCACGGACCAUCUCUUCAUGGCACCAAACUGUGGCCCGUGGUCUGUGGCAUCCUCCUCCAAGGAAUCGGACAAGCGAUCAAGUGAUCGCGAUCAAGAGAGACCGACCUUGGAGUACCUGCAGACGCUUUGUCUAUGGCAGCACAACAGCGGCCGCGCUUUUACGGUGGAACAGCCACUCACCUCGAGCAUGUUCAAGGAGAGUGCCAUGGCGCGAUUGCUCGAGCAUGAAGGCAUUCACCGUCAACGCUUUGAUCAAUGCAUGCUUGGUGCUCAAGACGAGAGUUCUCGGCCGGUUCGGAAGACCACGGCUUUCUUCAGCAAUCGCAGAUGGAAGCAAGUUCUACGUCGAUGUGGCGGCCACAAAGGCAAACAGCACGGCACUUUACAAGGUCAAUGGCAGGGCUGCAAUCGCACGGCAUUGGCAGCUGUGUAUCCUCGACGUCUUUGCCAUGCUGCUGUUCAGGACCUAUGGUCCAUUCUUCGGCGGGACCACAGUGCAUCCUGCAAGCCCUGGCCACGACAACUUUGGUGGCUGCAUGAGCUCUACUACUACAGUUGUGAGAGAUGCCAACUUGGCAGGUCAGCACCUCCUGGUUGUGAGCACACCAUGGUACCAGGCGAGUGUCGCUAUGGUCAACCUUCCAUGCGCGGUGUCGCUCGACAGGCUCGCCCUCAGCGCAGCGAUAUGGAGGACCCCACGGCUGCUUUCAAAAUGCUUGCGCGCAGUGGGGACUACAGCGGCGUGGAUCUGCAAGUCGAUGACACUGUUUCGCUAGCGCCGGAGCCCAGGUUGUACCUCAAGGCGGCUCUCACCAACCUGCUCAAGUCCUGCAUCGGCAUCUUCCAAGAAGCCACCAAUGUCGACUACGAUCACUGGCUGGAUGACCCAGUUCUUUUCCAGGUCUUCCAGGACGUCUUCGACAGUCAGCUACAAGUUCUCGGGGUGAUGUGCUCACUUCGCCCUUGGCACCUGAAGGUUCCGGACCCUUACCUUUCUUCUGCCUGCGCCCCUCUGCGCUUGAUGAUUCGCGGUGGCGUACGGGCUUGGCGAGUGCAUGCUAUCGAGGAUAUGCGCAUGAUGUCCGAGAACCAGCUCAAGGCCAAGGUCGAGGAAGCUGACUGGGUGGUCACUUUGUUCGGUUUUCGCAACGGUGAUCCCGAUGUCGAUCGUCCUGGUGCUUCAGGUGUUGGCGGUUCUCUUCCCUCUUCGGCUCGACCUGCCGCUCCUCUUGUACCUGCGGCUGCGUCUUCGUCGCCGAAAAGAGAGAAUGAUGGGAGGAGUUCUGCUUCUUCAUCGGCCGCACCACCACGACUUUUGGAACCACGACCUCCACCACAAGACGAUGCAGCAGCUGAACCUGGCGAAGAACAAGAAGAGUUUGAAGCGGUACGUCCUGAAGGUGAAGAACAAUCGAAGACCAUCAAGCCGCUCUUCGACUACAAGAAGGUCUACAAACGUCUCCAGAGCGGCAUCAUCGAGAGUGACCCGCACACAGCCAAAAGACUUCUGUUGGGCUUGCAUGAGCGAUUCUACCACUGCCCCAUCACCGAUUUCAAGAACAUGCUCCUGCGAGCAGGCCUUCCUUCUGACAUCUCGCCACUGGCUGAAGAGGCGGUGAUGUCUUGCUCGAUUUGCAGAAAGUAUGUUCGGCUGCCCAACCGGCCACAAGUCAAGAUUGGCUCAAAUGCGGGAACCUUCAACUACCGCAUCCAGAUCGACCUUUUCAUGUAUAAGGAGACCUGGGUUCUUCUUGUCAUCUGUGAAGCAACGCGUUUGAAGGCGGCAGCGGUCGUAAACAACAAGAGCCACACCGAACUUCUCGGCAAGCUCUGUGACUGCUGGAUCUACAUCUACGGAGCGCCUCAUCAACUGGUGCUCGAUCAGGAGACCUCUCUCAUGAGCCAUGAAGCAGCACAUGAGAUGGAAAGGUUCAACAUUGAACGAGUGCCCAAAGGAACCACCGCUGGGCCAGCUGCCGAACAACAUACAGGCACAGGCCUGGUGGAACGACAUGUCGGCUUGAUGGAGCUGACAAUGGCAAAGCUCGAGGCAGAGAUGGACCGGCAAGGUGUUCAGCUUCGAGUACCAGAACUAUGCAAGGAAUCGGCCAUUGCACACAACCAGACGUUGAACUACGGUGGUGCCACUCCUUGCAUGGCUGUGUAUGGUGUUCUACCUCGACCGUACUACGACGUGGACCAGACCACCAUUGCACAGGUUGCCGGCGCUCUCCAAACCGACAUUACGCCUUUUGAGCGGGCACUUCGCAUCCGGCAGAUGGCUCUGUCGAUGGUACACCAAGCAGUUGCUGAGGACCGCAUCGCCAGGGCCAACAGAACGAGACCUCACCAACUAAAGGUAGGUGAGUUGAUCCCCGGAACAACGAAGGUGGAUUUCCACAGGGAAGUUCAAGGCGACGUUGGCUGGCGAGGACCUGCUGAACUGCUGAAGCUGGAUGUCCAGGAAGGAACGGCCAUACUGUCCUAUCAGGGCAGACCAUACCUGGUGAGUUUGCGCCACAUACGUCCUCACCAGGCUGGCGUGUUUGUGUCGUUCUCAGAGCCCCAGGCCGAGGCCUUCAAUGGGCUUCGCAAACUGGUUGAAGAGCUCUCGCCCUACAAGGUGACCACCGUUGGAUGGCUCACAGAACAACAAGGAGAUCUCACAAUGUGGCGGCGUGCAUCUACAAGCUCUCUGGCUUUCGCCGAUACCUGGACUAAGAUCGUCAGUGUGGGCAAAGCUCUGGCACAACACAAUGUUGCUGGAGGAAUGUUCGGCCAAGGAGUCAAAACUCUACACCCGCCGACGGGCUCCUGUGGUGUGCUCAUCAUGUUGACCUGUGGAACAGAGGAGCACACGUGCCACGAACACAACAACGACCAGCCCAUCACCAUGAAAAAGGUGACCACAAAGGCCAUCGACAACCUCGCCUUUCUCUACAUCUAUUACUACAUCAACACCAACUACGAGCCUGCCAACGACAUCAAGAUCAUUCCCUCUGAAGGCGCAGUGGACGCCGACGACUCACAGCCAAUGGACAUACAACCACAAUCACCACAAUCUGCAACCUCACCUACUACACCUCAAUCAACGACCACACCAAUGAGUGACGAUGAUGGGUCUCUCAAAAGAAAAGGCCCUGAAAGCCGAACGGUCACUCUUGGACCUGAAACCAAGAAGACCAAACUGGAAGCUUUGCUGGAUAACUUCGACAAAGAGAAGGUGAUCACCUACGCACAGCACAACAUGCUGAACCUGUACUGGAUGAUGCGGCGCACCCAGAACAUUCCUCUGGAUUUCCCUACCAGUUGGUUCCAGUACGACAACCAAUGCAUGAUUGCGCUAUGGGAUGAUCAUAUGGGCCGGCUGACCACGGGACGACCUGCACUACCAACAGACCACACUGUCGUCAACUACUACGUUCAGCCUGCACAACAUCUCUUUGUGUGGCCCAGCAAGAGGCACCAGGAACUGCUCGCCGAUAUCAACUCUGGCGAAAUCUACAAGGUCGAUGAGGAGACGAACAACAUUGGCGAGCACGAGAUCUACGAGCACUGGCCGUUGGUUGACAAAGCCGAUGGCGACGAGGUCCGACAAUUUGUCGAAACCAAAAGCUUCAAGAAGAUGCACCGGAACGGCUUGACCUCCGACGUUGUCAUUGUGGACUGCAUCUGGGUGAGAAAAUGGAAAAGAUAUCCCGACGGCACCCGUCGCGUCAAGUCGCGGCUGUGCGCCAGGGGCUGUUUCGACUCACAGAAGGAGAUGCUCUCCACGAGAUCCACCACGGCCACCAGGCUAAGCCAGCGGAUACUCAUGUCGACAUCUGCGACACAGGACUUCGACAUUGAGAGCUGGGACGUGACGGCGGCCUUCCUCAAGGGUCUCACUUUCGAGAAGAUCAGAGAGCUGUUACGGUCCAAGGGGAUAUCCGCACCGCUACGCAAAGUUGCGGUCAUUGUUCCCAGAAACGUCUGGAGACAUCUGGCCAAGUACGAUGCAACCUUCCAAGUGCCGGAGGACAAAAUCGAUGAAUACGUCCUCCUCUGCCUGAAGCCGAUCUAUGGCCUCAACGACGCUCCACUUGCCUGGCAACUUUGUCUUCAUCAACACUUUGAAUCGCAAGGCGGAAUCCCCAGCCUAAUGGACGAGAAUCUUUUCUUCUGGAUGAAGAAGAAAGAGCAUGCGAAGACAGACAAGGCAUCCGUCCUCGCGAUCGCUACGACCCAUGUUGAUGACGUCGGUGCUGGGAGCAAGUCUGAUUGGCUCAAGGAGCAAUACGACCUCCUCUGUGCGAAGUUUGGAAAAGUGACUCGUCAACAACUACCCUUCACACACUGUGGCGUUGUUUACAGCAAGACGGCUACUGGAUUCAUGAUGAGCCAAGAUGAGUUCUGUUCCAAGCUCAAGCCGGCUCCGAUUCCGGCGGGCAAGAAGGAUGACUCACCUUUGGAACCCAGUGAGGUAACGAGCUUCCGCUCAAUACUGGGUGCCCUUCUAUGGCUCACUGCCACGCGGCUCGACAUCAUUGCAGACGUCAGUCAUCUACAGACUCAGGUGACAAAUGCACGAGUUCGUCAUCUGAAGGAGGCCAACACUGUGGUGGCACGGGCCAAAGCAGAAGUCGGGUGUGCUUACAUUAUACUUCUCAUGGAAGACCGCAUCGGCGACAUGGAUGGUUCAAUGGAGAAGACCCUCAGCGACCACGAGACGGCCAUCAUGGGCGGUGCAGCGCACAUCUUGUGGGGUCAUGGCGCAAAAGCAAAGCGCAUCAGUUACUCCACCAGCCACGCUGAAACCUUGGCGGCGGUCAGCGGCCUGGAAACAAGCAGCUUGGUUGCUGUGCGUUUGGCCGAAGUUCUCUACAUGUCGCGACGUCCCACGAUACAAGGGUUGCUGGCUUGUCAAGAAGGCGGCGUUCGUCAACUGCCUGUGGAUGAUUACACGGAUUGCAGAGACUUCUUUGAGUUGGCAUCCGGCGACAAGUCAGUACCUCAGGACAAGGGACAGCGGUUGUACGUCCUCGCUUUCCGCGAAGCCCGCCUACAUGGACGCUUGCGCUGGUUGGCACUGACGCCUACGCAAAGCAUGACGGCAGAUGGUUUGACAAAAAGCAUGGUUGCGCCUCCACUCAUGUCUCUUUUGUCUACUGGGGUCGUACGCUUCUACAACCAUGGAGCUCAUCAAGAACGUGGCCACAGCGUCUACGGCUUUCGCGUGUGCUAUGUGUACAUCAAGACCUACGUCAUGUUUCUUCAUGUCAACGAUUGGCAGUGCUAUGGCUUCAACCUCCUCUACAUCGACCACCUCGCGGCGAACUUCAACGACUUCAUCCUCUACGACGAGCACUACGGCAACCACCACGGCAGACGACGACUGGUCAUGGCUGACGACGAUGAUUUGUCUCAUCAUCGGCGUUGA